GAGUUGAUGAAUACGACAUGAUUGUUGGAGCUUACUUUCAAAGGGGUAACCACUGGAAUCUCCUGGUUAUUGAGCCGAAAAAGAAAGUACUGUACUUUUAUAACUCUUUGGGAGAAACAGCCUUCCAACAAAGACACAUGUUACAAAACUGGAAAAACUUUCUCGGACGAACCUUGAAUGACAACAAAAACUGGAGGCUGGAAGUUCCAGUUCAUUCAAAACAGACUGAUGGUUUCAACUGUGGCAUUUACAUAGUGAUGUUCGCAGAAGACCAUAUUUUGGGGUUGCCAUGUAUCUUUGAAAAGAAGGACGUGCUCAACAAAAGAAAAGAGAUUGCAGCCACUCUUCUUUUAUAUGAAGGUAUCGAUACAUUUGAAUGUUACAAGUGA